CUGAACAGUGCAUGUACGUCACUCGCGUUUCGAACUCGAAACCGUUCUCGACUCCCGCGCAACAUUGUGAUGAUUGGACUAUUUACGAACUAUUGUGAACUUGUGAUUUAAUCGUUUCGAACUCUCUAAAUUAUUUAUUCAAGUUAAGUGUUAGUGAAUAUUGUGUGAAGAUGCUGGUCGAAGAUUCUCAGACCGCUCGUGCGUUAAUAACGAAGAAGUACGCACAUUGUCCGUUGAAGAAGCGGCCCGUACUGGUACGGGAGGAGCGGCCAGCGACACCGCCCACUACGCCGCCUCAUCCCGCCCACAUGUCUACGCGAUUUUAUUCUGAUUAUAAUUGUGAUAUGGAAAAUGACGAACCAGAAAACCUCAGUACUAAACCCGAAGAUCUGUCUAAAACUGGAAAUUACCCAAACAAAGCUUCAUCGCCAGUAGCGACUGCUGCGGUGAAAAUAGAACCAAGGGAAUGGCCCCAACAGCAGCUAGACUAUCUAGCUGCGUGUCGCGCCCGCCUCGAACCGACCACUGAACUCGCUCGACCCACGCCACAGUACGCUUAUCUGCCCACACUUUAUCCAUCAUACCCUUUGGAAGAAUUUUAUCCUGCAGCGCCGGCAUUAUCACCACCUACGCAUCCUCAAAUGUACGCCCGCUACUCGCCAGCCUCUCCACCUUCUUCUUGUUCACCACCUCCCUGCCCAGAAGACUUACGAUCACCUGGAUCAGUUUCAUCAGACUCGGGUGUCUCAGUAUCAGCACCACGUCGGCCACGUUACCAAUGUCCGGAUUGCGCAAAGUCAUAUUCGACCUACUCUGGGCUCUCAAAACAUCAGCAAUAUCAUUGUGCUGCAGCUGAAGGAAGCUUAGCUAGAAAGUCGUUUAGCUGCAAGUACUGUGCAAAAGUAUACACAUCACUCGGUGCACUGAAGAUGCACAUAAGAACGCACACGUUACCUUGCAAAUGUCACCUGUGUGGAAAAGCAUUUUCCCGUCCUUGGCUACUGCAAGGACACAUUCGAACUCACACCGGCGAGAAACCCUUUUCGUGCCAUCAUUGCCGCCGUGCGUUUGCCGACCGUUCAAAUCUGAGAGCGCAUCUGCAAACUCACUCUGAUGUUAAAAAGUAUUCAUGUUCGGGCUGCGGUAAGACAUUUUCUCGUAUGUCCCUACUGAGCAAGCACUUAGAGAGUGGUUGUGGAGCGCCAGGGUCCUCUCCGUACGAAUACCGCCCUGAAACACUUUCUACGGGACACCCGACGUUAUCACCCGCAGCUGCUGUCCACGCCUAUUAAGAAGACUGAGUUCAAUUAGUCCUUGAUCUCGAAUUAUUAUUAACUGAAUGAACAAGAACUGCUGUUUAAACUACCGUUAAUUUAAGCUUAACUUAUUAUUGUAAAUUAAUAACUACCUAGAUAUAAUUGUGUGCAACUAUUGUAGUAUUGGUAAGAACGUGAAUUUCAGGGACCAAUAUAAAAUAAGAUAGAUUUUAGUUGAGAAUAAGUAAUUGUACAGUCUUUGUGUCGCAUAUUGGCGACAUCGCUAGUCAUAUGGCAUUUGCCGAGUGUCAUACACAAAAUUAGAUGUAUACCUAUAUUUGUAUCCUAAGCCGUGUACAAAGUGCCUUAAUUAUAAAUUAUUAAUAUAUUAAAAGUUUGUUUGUGUUAGAUGCUAUUAAUUUAUAAGAUUUAUUCAAAACGUAUGAGGCUAUGAUGACAUAAAUUGUUGCCGAUUUGUUCCUUUCUGUUACCUC